AAGGCCUCAGAACAGAAACCCUGAAUCCUACCAAAUUUCUGCACUUCCUCCUCUCCCAAAUGACGCUUGUACGUUUGAGUUCAAUCCUCCGAAACAUCGAUUCUCAUUUAGCUCUCGGAAAUGUACCAGCAGUUCGCUCGUUCUCAACGCCAACAGAAAAACAGAGCUCCAGAAAUUCGAGAUGGAAAGGCUCAAUGCACGCUCUUUACCGUCGGAUCUCCGCGAUUGGCAACCCAAGGGUCUCAAUCGUUCCAAUAUUGGACCAGUGGGUCGAAAAAGGACGUCCUGUUGACAAAGAACAACUCCUAAUCUUCAUUAAAGAGCUGCGAUCUUACCGACGAUUCAGACACGCUCUCGAUAUUUCUAUGUGGAUGACUGACAAAAGAUACUUGCCACUUACACAUGGUGAUGUUGCCAUUCGGCUGGAUUUGAUAUCUAAAGUUCAUGGUACAGAACAAGCAGAAAAUUAUUUCAACAAUGUUCCAGAAAAAUUAAAGGGCCUUCCAGUUUAUAGUGCCCUACUUAACUGCUAUGUCCAUGCAAAAUCUGUUGAAAAAGCAGAGGCCACCAUGCAGAAAAUGAGGGAUCUGGGGUUAGCUCGGGCAACAUUGGAAUACAAUAUUCUUCUUAAUCUUUAUUAUCAUACUGCAAAUUACGAAAAACUUGAUAGUCUGAUGCAUGAGAUGCAAGAGAAAGGCAUUCGAUACAACAAAUAUACAUUGGGCAUACGCCUGAGUGCCUUUGGAGCAGCUACUGAUAUUGAGGGAAUUGAUAAGACUCUGGCAAUGAUGGAAUCAGAUCCUGAUUUUGUUUGGGACUGGACUGUUUACAGUAAUGCAGCUAGUGGGUAUGCAAAAGCUGGAAGUGUGGACAAAGCUGUGGAGAUGCUGAAGAAAUCUGAGGAACUAAUAAUUGGUGAAAAGAGCAACAGAGCAUAUGAGUUUCUUAUCACACUAUAUGCAAAAUUUGGGAAGAAAGAUGAUGUUUUAAGGCUUUGGGAACUCUAUAAAGUGAACCACAAGAUUUACAAUUCAGGCUAUAGAUAUGUCAUACCUUCUGUGUUGAAAUUUGAUGACUUUGAAAGUGCCCAGAAGAUAUUUGACGAGUGGGAAUUAGUAAAUGAAAACUAUGAUAUUAGGAUUUUAAACUUCAUGAUUGCUGCUCACUGCAGAAAAGGGCUUUUGCAGGAGGCAGAAACUCUUAUAGAUCGUGCAAAAUUAAAGGGAGGGAAGCCUAAUCAGAGAACAUGGUUCUGUAUGGCAAUUGGGUAUGUUAAGAAUAAUCAAACUCAAAAGGCAGUGGAAGCAAUGGAAGAAGCAUUGGUGGUUCGUCAAACUGGGUGGAAGCCUGGGAAGGAAAUUUUUGCUGCCUGUGUAAAAUAUUUUAAAGGUAAAGGAGAUAUUGAGGGAGCAGAGAAAUUCAUAAAAUCACUUCGGAACAAGGAUAUUAUUACUGUGGAGCUCCAAGAUAGAUUGUUGAGUUAUGUCCAGAGUGGGAAAUCAAACUCGGAUGGACUUAGCUAUUUUUCUGGUGAUUCUUUGAAUGAAAAUGGAGAAUCACAUUCAGAGCCUGAUGAUGAUAUCAGUGAAUCAAAAAUUAAAGAGAUACCUAGUUCUGGUACUUUGUCACAGAAAAGCUUGCUCGUGGUUAAGUUCAGAAAGAUGGGUCAGAAAUCCCAAGAGUGUAGAAUGUCAAGCAUCUACACAAAUACUACCAAUGAUCCAGAAGUCUUUAACUCGUAUAACGAACGGCUAGAAUUUAAAAAAGGCCGCAGAACAGAAACCCUAAACCCUCACAAAUUUCUGCGCUGUCUCCUUUCCCAAAUGACGCUUGUACGUUUGAGUACAAUCCUCCGAAACAUCGACUGUCAUUUCGCUCUUGGAAAUGUACCAGCAGUUCGCUCGGUCUCAAUAACAACAGAAAAACGGAGCUCCGGAAAUUCGAGAUGGAGAGGUUCAAUGCACGCUCUUUACCGUCGGAUCUCCCCGGUCGGCAACCCAAGGGUCUCAAUCGUUCCAAUAUUGGACCAGUGGGUCGAAGAAGGACGCCCUGUUAAGAAAGAACAACUCCUAAUCUUCAUUAAAGAGUUGCGAUCUUACCGACGAUUCAGACACGCUCUCGAAAUUUCUAUGUGGAUGACUGACAAGAGAUACUUGCCACUUACACCUGGUGAUGUUGCCAUUCGGCUGGAUUUGAUAUCUAAAGUUCAUGGUACAGAAGAAGCAGAAAAUUAUUUCAGCAGUGUUCCGGAGCAAUUAAAGGGCCUUCCGGUUUAUAGUUCCCUGCUUAACUGCUAUGUCAGUGCAAAAUCUGUUGAAAAAGCAGAGGCCACCAUGCAGAAAAUGAGGGAUCUGGGUUUAGCUCAGGCAUCACUGGAAUACAAUUCCCUUCUUAAUCUUUAUUAUCAUACUGCAAAUUACGAAAAACUUGAUAGUCUGAUGCAUGAGAUGCAAGAGAAAGGCAUUCGAUACAACAAAUUUACAUUGGGCAUACGCCUGAGUGCCUUUGGAGCAACUUCUGAUGUUGAGGGAAUUGAUAAGACUCUGGCAAUGAUGGAAUCAGAUCCUGAUUUUGUUUGGGACUGGACUGUUUACAGUAAUGCAGCUAGUGGGUAUGCAAAAGCUGGACUCAUGGACAAAGCUGUGGAGAUGCUGAAGAAAUCUGAGGAACUAAUAACUGGUGAAAAGAGCAAUAGAGCAUAUGAGUUUCUUAUCACACUAUAUGCAAAAUUUGGGAAGAAAGAUGAUGUUUUAAGACUUUGGGAACUCUAUAAAAAGAACCAUAAGAUUUACAAUAAAGGCUAUAUAUGUGUCAUACCUUCUGUGUUGAAAUUUGAUGACUUUGAAAGUGCCCAGAUGAUAUUUGAUGCGUGGGAAUCUGUAAAUGAAAACUAUGAUAUUAGGAUUUUAAACUUCAUGAUUGGUGCUUACAGUAGAAAAGGGCUUUUGCAGGAGGCAAAAACUCUUAUAGAUCGUGCAAAAUUAAAGGGAGGGAGGCCUAAUCAGAAAACAUGGCUCUCUAUGGCAGUUGGGUAUUUUAAGCAUAAUCAAACUCAAAAGGCAGUGGAAGCGAUGGAAGAAGCAUUAGUGGUUUGUCAAACUGGGUGGAAGCCCAGGAAGGAAAUUUUUGCUGCCUGUCUAAAAUAUUUUAAAGGUAAAGGAGAUAUUGAGGGAGCAGAGAAAUUCAUAAAAUUACUUCGGAACAAAGAUAUCAUUUUGGUGGAGCUCCAAGAUAAAUUGUUGAAUUAUGUCCAGAAUGGGAAAUCAAACUUGGAUGAACUCAGUGAUUUUUCUGGUGAUUCUUUGAAUGAAAAUGGAGAAUCACAUUCAGAGCCUGAGGAUGAUAUCAGUGAAUCUAAAAUUGAAGAGAUAGCUUGAAUAAGCGAGACCUAGAAGGUAAAAGGAACAUGAAGAUUUAUUUUGUGAAACACCUGCCAUUGUCUGUUUAUUGUGUUUGGAAGUAUAAUAUUUUGUUGCUGACUUUGAGAAAACGAAUUUGGCUUUUUGCAAUGUAAUGCAAAAGAAUAUUUAAAUUAAAUGUAAUAUGGCAUUUUAGCUCAACUAGAAGCAAAGAUUUAAGCUAUGUCGAAGAUUGUUACCAUUUAAAAUCCUUCAAACAUACUGGUUUGGUUGCUUAAAUCCAUUCAAUUGGUUGGCUUCAA